AGCAGGAUUCAGCUCUCAGAGUCGCGGACCGAAGCCGCGAAGUCCCGACGCUGCUUCUUUCUCCACCCUUGGGGUCGGAGCCGACCCUGACAUUCCGCCACGGACGGUCCCGGAGAGCGGAACGGUCGGCGCCUCGCGGCCGGAGGCCGGGAAGUGCCGGAUCGCAACGGACCGCAGAGCGCGCGCCAGCCUCGGGCCGCUGUGCGCGCCGCCCGAGCGGCCCACCGAGGCGUUGGGGCGGCACCUCUGCGACUCGCGUCCUGUCUUCCAGGUGGCGGAGAAUCCCCACGCCGAGUACGGCCUCACCGACAACGUGGAGAGGAUAGUGGAAAAUGAGAAGAUUAAUGCAGAAAAGUCAUCAAAACAGAAGGUGGAUCUCCAGUCUUUGCCCACUCGCGCCUACCUGGAUCAGACAGUUGUGCCUAUCCUAUUACAGGGCCUUGCUGUGCUUGCAAAGGAAAGACCACCAAAUCCCAUUGAAUUUCUAGCAUCUUAUCUUUUAAAAAACAAGGCACAGUUUGAAGAUCGAAACUGAUUUUUUGGGAAGAACAGAGAAAUUUGGUUGCUACUGUAGAUUUACAUGAUUAAGAGGCAGCUUUAAUUGCCAUGAUUAUCCCCCUUUUUUGGAAAUGUACGAACCUUCAGGACAACAGAACUUAUUUCCGGAGUUACAGAAGAGAACAUAUUUCCCUUAUUCUGUUUUAAUUACCAUACUUAUUUAACGAGAGUAUUCUGUGCAAUUUUUCCCAGAUUGUCUUUAACUUUGUUUUUAAAAUGUCCUUCAAAAUAAACUGUCAAAAUGUUAUUUUAAAGUA